UGCUUUGAUUCAGUCUCUCUGGAGAGGAAUGGGACCUCUGCUUUGAUUCUGUCUCUCUGGAGAGGAAUGGGACCUCUGCUUUGAUUCUGUCUCACUGGAGAGGAAUUGGACCUCUACUUUGAUUCUGUCUCACUGGAGAGGAAUUGGACCUCUGCUUUGAUUCUGUCUCUCUGGAGAGGAAUUGGACCUCUGCUUUGAUUUGUGAUUAGCUCAAAGCUACCAUGUCUACUGGAGAUGAUCUCUCAUCACGUCAAUGCUGGAGGUUUAAUAUCACAUCGAUCAGCAGAGUAUCUGUUAUAUCUGUCUGAUCAGCAGGGUAUCUGUUAUAUCUGUCUGAUCAGCAGAGUAUCUGUUAUAUCUGUCUGAUCAGCAGAGGAUCUGUUAUAUCUGUCUGAUCAGCAGAGGAUCUGUUAUAUCUGUCUGAUCUGUUAUAUCUGUCUGAUCAGCAGAGGAUCUGUUAUAUCUGUCUGAUCAGCAGAGGAUCUGUUAUAUCUGUCUGAUCUGUUAUAUCUGUCUGAUCAGCAGAGUAUCUGUUAUAUCUGUCUGAUCAGCAGGGUAUCUGUUAUAUCUGUCUGAUCAGCAGGGUAUCUGUUAUAUCUGUCUGAUCAGCAGAGUGUCUGUUAUAUCUGUCUGAUCAGCAGAGGAUCUGUUAUAUCUGUCUGAUCAGCAGAGGAUCUGUUAUAUCUGUCUGAUCAGCAGAGGAUCUGUUAUAUCUGUCUGAUCAGCAGGGUAUCUGUUAUAUCUGUCUGAUCUGUUAUAUCUGUCUGAUCAGCAGGGUAUCUGUUAUAUCUGUCUGAUCAGCAGGGUAUCUGUUAUAUCUGUCUGAUCAGCAGAGGAUCUGUUAUAUCUGUCUGAUCAGCAGAGUGUCUGUUAUAUCUGUCUGAUCAGCAGAGGAUCUGUUAUAUCUGUCUGAUCAGCAGGGUAUCUGUUAUAUCUGUCUGAUCAGCAGGGUAUCUGUUAUAUCUGUCUGAUCUGUUAUAUCUGCCUGAUAGAUGAACGUAAAGACCAUGAUGAUCCAGUCUCAGCCAGAGCAGAAAGGACUGAGAAACAUGGAUGCAGGAGAUCUCAAUGUGUCCUCUGCAGGCAAGGAUUUGCACACAGCACACACACAGAACCAGGAAGUUUCGUAUUACUCUUGUGGAGGCCACGCCUCUUCCUCUGCACAAACAAGGAAAUCGAAAGUUCUCUCUGAUACUCCUCUGCGCCGUUUGUUAGUGAGUGUCAAAAUGGCAGAGGCAUUUUUUGAAGAUCGGGAUUCAUUUAGCUGUUCAAUCUGCUUGGAUAUACUGAAGGAUCCGGUGACUACUUCCUGUGGACACAACUACUGUAUGUGCUGUAUUGAGGGCUGCUGGGAUCAGGACGAUCUGAAAGGUGUUUACAGCUGCCCAGAGUGCCGACAGACCUUUGCCCAGAGGCCUGUUCUGAACAGAAACACGUUGCUGGCUAAAGUGGUGGAGAAACUGAAACAUACUGCUCUUCAUGCUGCUCCUCCUGCUGCUCCUCCUGCUGCUCCUCCUGCUGCUCCUCCUGCUCUCUGUUAUGCUGGACCUGGAGAUGUGGAGUGUGAUUUCUGCACUGGGAGAAAACACAAAGCCCUCAUGUCCUGUCUGGCGUGUCUGGUCUCUUACUGUGAGACUCACCUCCAGCCUCACUAUAAUUUCCCUGCCUUAAAGAAGCACAUGCUGGUCAAAGCCUCCACGCAACUACAGGAGAAGAUCUGCUCUCAACAUGACAAACUGCUGGAGGUUUACUGUCGUACCGAUCAGCAGUGCAUCUGUUAUCUGUGUACCAUGGAUGAACAUAAAGGCCAUGAUACAGUCUCAGCUGCAGCAGAGAGGACUGAGAAACAGAAGCAGGUGGGGGAGAAACAACAGAAAUCCCAGCAGAGAAUCCAGGAGAGAGAGAAGGAGAUGCAGGAGCUGAGACGGGCUGUGGACUCUCUGAAGCUCUCUGCACAGGCAGCCGUGGACGACAGCGAGAGGAUCUUUGCUGAGCUGAUCCGCACCAUGGAGACACGGUGCUCUGAGGUGAAGGAGCUGAUCAGAGACCAGGAGAAGGCUGAAGUGAGUCAGGCAGAAGGCCUCCUGGAGCAACUGGAGCAGGAGGUGGCUGAGCUGAGGAGGAGAGAUGCUGAGCUGGUGCAGUUCUCUCACACAGAGGACAACAUCCACUUCCUCCAGAGGUUCACAGACCACAGUGCCCCCCCUGUUUCUGAAGAGAUGCCCGCCAUCAUCCUUAACCAAAGUCAUGAUUUUAAGACGGUGAUGACCUCUGACCUCCAGGAAAAGCUGAUGCUCUGCUGUGAGGGGGGAGUAGUGGAGAUAUCAGCAGCAGUGAAAGCUGUCCACAUACUGCAGUCAGCAGAGCCAAGCACCCAAGCAGCAGCAUCUGUCGCACAAUAUCACAGAAAGUAUUAUCGAAAAUACUCUUUCAAGGAUAUAUGUGUUCAUUGUCGCCAGGUACAAAUGAGGCAUGGCCCCAUGGGUAAAUGUUUAUGGUUUAAUUAAGGAGUGAUAAUACUAUCCUCAUCUUGUAGAUAAACUAUGUGCCCUUAAAAGGAGCAGGAGAGAGUGUGUUUGUUGUGUGUCACAGUUCCACUUUUACUUUUACUUCACUACAUUCCUAGAUAAGUUACCGUUUACUCCACUGACACCCAAAAGUACUAGUUUUAGAAUGCUUAGCAGGACAGGAACAUGAUCCAAUUCACGCCCUUAUCAAGAGAACAUCCCUGGUCCUCCCUACUGCCUCUGAUCAGGCGGACUCAAUAAACACAAAUGCUUCAUUUGUAAACGAUGUAUGAGUGUUGGAGUGAGACCCUGACUAUCUGUAAAUACAAAUAAAUAACAUAAAAAAUGG